AUGAUAGGAACAACUAUCUGGGACUACAUCUUCAUUCGGUCCUGUAUAUUCUUCCUUCACUCGAUCGCGCCUCUUAGCAUUCUCUAUUGCCUAAUCAUCUCUCUCGUCCCUCCCUUGCCCUUCCGUGUCUCUUGGGGACUAGAAGCCUGGGUCAUCUGCGAGGCAGCAUUCUAUCUCCUGGUCUACCUUCCACGCAAAUUUUACCUCCAGACUGCCGCGACUCACCCUACGCCCGCCUGUCGCGAACACCGCCGUCUACUCUUCCAGCGCUGCCACGAGAAUAUUCCCAACCCGGAGCGGUAUCUGUCAAAAUGGUUUUUGGACGCCCCAGCGUCGGAGAUUAAGCGUGACAACGUCAAGGACUUCUUUCGGUGGGCGUUUUUCAAUACGGGAGAGCCUGAUCCAGUGGACGAUGAAGAGCUGGAGGAGUAUAUUGGAGAGAUGGAAAAGUUGCUAGAGAGGAAGCUGGAAGCUGGGAGGGGGAGUGCAAAGUGCUUGAGAUUGACCCUUGACAAGGUCGAUAUGUUACAUCGGAGCUUGACGUGGUACCUGGUGAGCUUCUGCAGCAAGAUAGGGUCGAAUUCAUCGUUUUACAGCACGAGCUAG